CCAUUAUUUUGGAUAAAAAACUCUGCUUUUUAUUCUCUUCCACCCAGUCUCCAGUUGUCCUGUUGGAAUCCAAAGCCUCUCUCCCUCUCUCUCGCUCUCUCUCUGCUCAUUUCAUCUUCCGAAGAAUUUAAUUCAUUUUUGGUCUGCAAAGCUUCUCUCCGUCUGUAUUUUCUUUUUGUUGUUUGCAUAGAUGCCAUGCUCUGCUACAGUUGUUCGGAAGCUCUUUUCUUGUGACUCCUGAGGCCUCUUUUUCUCCAGCUUGCCGCCUCUCUCUCUCGCUCUCUCUCUCUCUGUCUCUCUCUCUCUCUCUCUCUCUCUCUCUCUCUCUUAUUUAUACUGUUUGUUUACUUGUAAUUACAGUCGCCAUUGAAGAUCCAUUUGGUACCUUAAUAUUUUAGAGAGUUUCAGCAUUAAGGCAGCUGUUUCGAGCCAUUACUCCGCCGCUUUGCGCUCCCAAAAUUGUUCAUUGAUCGCUAUUCCUUGACUUUACUUUUUCGUUUAGGUUUCUCUGAAUGUGGCGCUUUCGAUGCCAGAACCUGGCUACGAGUAAGAUCUGAUAGAGGGCAGAGGGUGGAAAGAGGAGAGAGGGAGAGGGAGGAGUGGGAUCAAAGACCUAGUCUUUCUUCAAAGAUCUCAUCUUUCUUCCGAGAUCUUUGCUUCCGGGUGCAAUGAGGUCGGAGGCUCGGCUAGAAUCCUUGGUGUUUCAGCUCACGCCUACUCGAACCAGGUGUGAUUUGAUCAUCAUAGCAAAUGGUAAAACACAGAAGAUUGCAUCUGGCUUGUUGACUCCUUUUCUUGCCCAUUUGAAGUUCGCUCAGGAUCAGAAUGCCAAGGGUGGCUAUUCCAUCAUUCUUGAACCAGACCCAGAAACUGAGGCAGCAUGGUUCACCAAGGGCACUGUGGAGAGGUUUGUUCGUUUUGUGAGCACACCUGAGGUUUUGGAGCGUGUGACAACCAUAGAGUCUGAGAUCUUGCAGAUUGAAAAUGCAAUUGCCAUUCAGGGGAAUGAUAAUGUUGUCUCAAGCAUUGUAGAAGAUCAUCAAUCAAAGCCAGCAGAAACAGUAGAAGGUACGAAGAUCUCAGUUGAUACUGAUGCAGCGAAGGCAAUAGUUCUUUAUAAGCCUGAUUCACAACCAAAUCCACCAGAUUCUAAUGGAUCCACCACACAAGAGAAUUCAAAAGUUCAACUUCUAAAAGUGCUUGAGACUCGCAAAAUGGUGUUGCGGAAGGAACAGGGGAUGGCCUUUGCACGUGCUGCAGCAGCUGGUUUUGACAUGGACAAUUUACUGGAUUUGAUAUCAUUUUCUGAAAGCUUUGGUGCCUCACGUUUAAAGGAUGCCUGCUUACAAUUUAUGGAGCUAUGGAAGAAAAAGCAUGAGACUGGACAAUGGCUUGAAGUUGAAGUUGCAGAAGCCAUGUCAACUCGGUCUGAAUUUUCUGCUUUGAAUGCCUCUGGGAUUAUAUUUGCUACAGAUCCUAUGAUGCAGAAUGAUCACGGAGAUGCACAAUCUGUCACUGGCGGUGAUAUGCUUACAGAGAUUGAUGGAAGAGCUGAUAAACAGAUUCCUUCAGAUUCAAAGGUGCCACUGGGACACCAGGAGUAUCUUCAAGGUCAAUUCCAGCAUCCUGCUUACUCACAGUGGCCUAUGCAUCCUCCACCAGGUCCUACUAUGUUUCAACCUUAUCCCAUGCAAGGAAUGCCUUAUUAUCAAAACUAUCCAGGGAGCGUUCCAUAUUUUCAUCCCCCAUAUCCUCCAAUGGAGGAUCCUAGAUUCAACAGCUCUCACAGAAAGGGGUCAAAAAGGCAGUCAGCAGAUAAUAAAGACAUUGAAUCAGAGACUUGGGAAAGAAGUACGAGGUCACAAGAUGAUUCAGAUCAAAAUACUUCAGAUCUUGAGAAAGAAGGUUCUCAUGGUCAUAAAUCUCACAGAAUAGUUGGUCGGAAAGGAAAGAAAAAGCCUGGUGUUGUUGUCAUUCGCAACAUAAAUUACAUCAAAUCGAAGAAGCAUGGCUCAGUGGAAUCCGAAAGUGGUUCACAGUCUGUCUCUGAAUCUGAAGCUGAAGAAGAUAGUGAAGAUGUGCAUGCUGACAUGCGAGAAAGAAAGCACAAGCACUCUGUUAGGCGUUCCAAGAAAGAAGAUCGUCCAACAAAACCUGAAGAAUUUUCAGAUGCCUAUGGCAAUGAUAAAGCUGCAUAUCGAGAGGAGGCAGAUUCUGGAAAUUGGCAAGCAUUUCAGACUUUCUUACUAAGUGCUGAAGAAAAGUCAAGAACAGUUGGUGAAGACAUGUUCAUGGGAGAAAAAGAGCCUCAGUCAAAGAGAAAACAGAGCAAAAGCGAAGCUGAUCCUAUCGUUCUUCCUGAGCGAGAUUAUGGUGAUUAUCAUGAUGGGGGGAUGGCAGAAUUUGAUUCUGUUAGUGGGAAGACGAUCCGAAUGAAGCAGGUAGCUUCUGAUGAUCAAUUUUUAGCUUCAAGUAACGGAAGAGACUUGACAGAUAACCAGUUCAAGGAAAUAGAAAGUGGUGGAAGAGCAUACCGGCAGAUGAGCAGUGAUGAAUUUAUGAUUUAUGAGCAAGAAAAGCAAUUCAGUAUUAAGAAUUCUUCUGACCCAUUUGUUGAUCAUAUGGAUGAGCAUCCUGUUAAAGCAGUUGAGAAUUUGUCAUACAACAUAACAGAUGAGACCUUCAUGCUUCCUUAUAGAACAGAUUCACAGGAUCUUGGAUCAGACAGCAUAAUUCCUAUUGACAUGGAUUCUGAGUUCUCCUCAGCCCUUCAGAAUGGUUCGAAUUUAUAUGAUAAAGCCAAAAAUCAGCUUAGCUACGAACCAGAUGACUUGUCCUUGGUUCCUGAACGUGAAACAGAAACUGUCUCUGUAGGAUAUGAUCCAGCAAUGGACUAUGAUUUUCAGAUUCCUGUUGCAAAUGCUGUCAAGCUGGAAGCCACUAACCAAGAGGAUCUCUCAGAAAGCACUAAAGAAGAAUCACAGAAAUUAGACAAGGAAAAUUCAAGGGUCUCAAAUGAUAGUAUGGAGAAAAGGAGGAAGGAUGCACUGGUGAAGAAAGGGACAUCCUCGAGGCUUAACCUAUUGACUGAAGCCCAAAAACGUGCAGAGAAGCUGCGUUCUCACAAAGUUGAUCUUCAGAAAAUGAAGAAAGAAAGGGAAGACGAAGAGCUAAAGCGUUUGGAAGCUUUGAAAAGGGAGAGGCAAAAAAGAAUAGCUUCAAGAAGUGGUUCGACAGUCACUCAGGCGCCAUCAACUCCACAGCAGACAAAGGCCCGUUUAGCCAUCAAGCCUUCACCAGGUCCUCACAAAGGAUUAAAGCUUAGCAACACAGAGCCUGUUUCUUCUUCACCUUUGCGAAAAUUGCCCAUCAGAACCUCUUCAGAUGGAUCCAAUGAUCCCCAGAAACCUAUUAAAUCCAGCAAAUUAAAUGGCAGUAACCAUGGGUUAACUCGAUCAGCAUCUUCAUUACCUGAGGUUAAAAAAGAAAGUAAUGGGCUCAUGCCGGAAGCAAAAACAGAUUCUCUUCGGAUGAAAAGACACUCUGAUCCCAAAAGCAAUUAUACUCAAUCUGGUUCCUCGGUGAAGUCUAUAACUGCAGAUCAAGAUUCAAAGAGAGGGGUACCUGAUGAGUCUCAGAAAAAGAUUACUGCAAUCAUACAACAGGAGGAAAGUAAGUCAGCAACUCUACCAGAGCUUAGGAUUAAAACACCACCAACUUCAACUGAAGUAGUUGAAAAUGAAACAGCUAGCAAAGACCCAUUGCAGAAGGAGACUGCAAGAGAAGCUUCUCAGGCAUCUGAUACCAACAACGGAAAAUCAGCCAAUGACAAGCCACCUAGCAACAACGACGAGAAUCCAGUGAUCGAGAAGACUGUUGUGAUGCUUGAAAAUAAUUUGGUCACUGCCCCUGUGGUCCAGCAGUCUGAUGAGAUGAUAGACACAAAGGAGAGAUCACAUGGAGAUGGGAUGGUUACAGGAUAUGCAGCUCUUCAUGCUCCACCUUCACCAGUUGUUAUAACUCAGGUUGAGGAUUCUGGUGAAGGCAAGUUGAAUGAACAGCUGAAUUCCUACAAGGUGGUUGUUCCUUGCUUGGGGAGUGAGCCUCAGAAGUUCUCAAACUUGACUGUAACAGAAAAGAGUUAUCAAGCCCCUUAUGCCAGAGUUACAUCCUUGGAAGAUCCUGCUGCUCCUAAUUUGGGAUAUGGAGGUGUACCUGCAUCAGAGUCUGAGAUGGCUGCAGAACAUGCUGAGAAUGGGAGUAUUACGGUACAUGUAUCCGGUUUCAAGAAUUCAAGUUUAACUGAUAUAACUCAUGAAACACAUGAGAAGCCUCGAAGCAAGGAAUCAAAAGGUUUCAGAAAGUUGUUAAAAUUUGGACGUAAGAGCCAUGGCUCAGCUUCAGGUGAAGGUAACCUUGACUCGGAUGCUUCAUCAGUCGAUGAUCCAACGGUUACUGCUGCUUCAUCCAACGAUGUUACUCAUUCGUUCUCCCUCCUUUCACCCUUCCGAAGCAAGAACAGCGAGAAGAAACAAGCGGCGUGACGAGCACUGCAAUGAAAGUUCUAUCCAGUCAAGGAAGAUACAUCAAGAGGGGGAUCUGCUUCUGUCGAGUACAUAAACAUAUAUGGGAUGUGAUAUAUCGGUUUUCGAGUUGGCCAUAUACCAUUCUAUUCAUAGUCCUAGUGUAAAAUUGGUGUGUUAUUUAUUCCUUAUUGUUCAUAUUAAUAUUGACCAAUUGUUUGUGCAAGAAAUUUUCUUGAGGUUGGAUGAUUGAUGCAAACUUGUAUCUUGAAGCAUUCCAGUUUUGUUGUUCA